AUGUCUACUAGUGACACUAUGAACUAUUUGUUUUAUAUUGGCGUAUUAAUACCUACUAUUAUAACUAUCGUACUAUUUGUUAUAUUUAUGGUUUGUUUAAAGAGAAUCAAAGCCAGACGUGAUGUGCUGUACAAGAAACAUGACCCUCAUGGUCGUAUGAGAGAACUAGGGGUACCAAUGGUGCCCCCAUCCCCACCAAACUUUGAUGAAAUCAUUCCUGAUAUUGAGGUUGAUAUGGAUGGUAACGAUAAUAAUGGAUAUCAAGUGAGUCGCAGUCCCUCCACAGAAAAUGAAAAUAGUGCUAAUCGUUCACCUAAUGGUGCUCAAAUGUAUAAUACAUGUCCGGACAGUGGGAUGUCUGGAUUAAGUGAAGUGACAACUUGUAAAGAUCGUCCACGCUCUCAAGCAUCACAUAGUUCUACUGACUCUGAGGAUUCAGGAUUCCGAAGUUCUCGUUCUGGACAAUAUCUUCCUAGUGCCAACCAGUCUCAAGAUGUUCCACUAUUAAAACCUAUCAAAUCCCACAGGGACUCAUGUUUGAGUCAAUCAGUAAGGUUUUCUAAAAGUGAACGGACCCCUGUGAUUAAAACCAGUGCACGAGAUGAUCUCGCUAUAUCCAAUGGUAAAAAUCAAAUAAACUUAAACGAUAUUCAAGUAAGCAGCCAUCUUAGUUGGCAAUAUUUACAGAAUUUAUCUUCACGAAAUUUACCAUGUCAACAGCCACAAAAUAAUCCAAAUACAUUUACAGUGGCUCAAGUCCACAGACAGUCAGCGUGUCGUGAACAGACUCCAGCUAGUGAUUUUGGUUUUUCUGUUGUGUGA